AUGCAUUCAUCCAACCGCACAAAUAAAAGCUCCAACAGGAAAUUUCAACAAAUUAAUAGCAAAGUCCCUGAGGAUAUUGAGAAGGUAUAUGCAAAUGUUACCAAUCCAAAGUCAAAAUUCAAAAACAUUAUCCUCGGCAAAAGUAAUAAAUCAACUCCGCCCAACGACAUCCGAAAAUUUCUCCAAGCAAAUAAUCAAAAAUCUUCAGCUCGCUACCAUGAAACUCGGAAAAUUCCUCAUUUGUUGCAAUCCUCAACUCCAAUUUCACAGAACCGGCCAGUGUCCGACGGUAUAUCGGAUGCUUUAAAAGAUAAAGAAAAUGAAAUAGUCAUCUUAACAAGAGAAUACGAUGAACUAACAACCUCUGACCAACUUGAUUUCACGUUAAUAUUCAAAAAAACGAAGGACUUGAUAAAUGCUAUGAAUGAUCGCCACAACGUUUUCGUUAAUCAUUUCUCAUCCACCCAAAUAAAACACACUGACUUCGUUACAUCAGAAAUUAAUUCACUGAGAGAUGAGAUCGAUCGAGUCAAAUCUAAUCAUCAGGAUCAGCUCGAAGAACUGCAAAUUGUCGACAGUUGUCGUACGGACCUGAAAAAACUCUGGAUUCGAUUUAAAUUUCGAGGAGAAGCUCAAGAUAUCCGUAGCAGAGGGAAUUACCCAACUGAAAUAAAAAAAAUCCUUGAUAGAAUGGGGAUAAAUUUUAAUCUCGGAAUACUUCCCUUACAAACGGCAUUCUUCCAAGACAGAAAAUUCGGCGGCAACGAAUUUCCAGAAAUCGCACUCUGCUGUAAUUUCGUUAAUUCCACAAUAGCACGGCGGGUCAAAGUUGAUAUUGCUAGAUUUAAUAAAAGUUUAGAAGAAAACGGUCAACAAGAUAUGAUCCGGUAUUUCACAACAGUAAGCUGGUCAGAUAAUGUUUGGAAUGUCCUGAGAAUAUGUUUUGAACUUAAGGAUAAUAGCUUCGUUAAAAAUGCAUUCGUCACCGACGAAGGGAUAAAAGUUCAAUAUGAAAUGGAAUGUGAACCUAUAGAUCCUAACGAAACAGUCGUAGAUCCGGAUGCAAAGAAACUCGUUACAGUUAAAGUCAAUAAUAUGCUAGCACUUGACGUUCUCCGUAAAACCAUUCUCGACUUUAACUGGCAAUUACCUGCAGCUCAAGUUUAUAGCACAGAAUACUUCAAGACACCUAUAAACCAAAGAAAAGAGUUACGUUUAAUUACAAAUCAGGAACAACUAGAGUUUAAUGAGAGUCAUAUGCAGAUUGAACCGUCGAUCGACGACUGA